CACAUAUUUAAUUUUUUACAGAUGUUGCAGUUCUUCUAUCGCUUUUAGUGGCAACGGGUGUUUCUCAAAGCUGUGAUCGUAUAUUUGAUAGUGAAGAUUGUGUUUAUGACGUAUUUUAUUCUUCUCGAUGUGAUAUGUCAAUUUACAGCUUCCAAAUUGGGAAUUUGGAAUAUGACAUAGAUAGGAUUAACUGCCCACACCAUUCCUAUAAUGGAUACGUACCCAUAAAGCUACAGAUUAUAGACACUGAGAGAAAUCAUUUUAUGGAACAAUUUAACAAUAUUGAUACAAAUAUUAUUAAUCUAAUUAUCGCUCUCAAUAUGAGCCAUAAUGAAUAUUAUAUACAAGAGCCAAAUUUGAUUGCAAUGCGAAAUCUUGCAACAUUGGAUGUAUCUUCGAAUCAUUUAGCGAUUGCUAAAUUAACUAAUACGAACGAACUCCCAUCACUAACUAGCAUUAAUUUAUCCAAUAACAUAAUAAAAAAAAUUGAUGUAUCAAGUGGCGAAUAUGUUUAUGAACGACUGACACAUAUCGAUUUGUCACAUAAUUAUUUAGUAAGCCUACCUGACGCUAUCUUCCAUCGAUUUAGGGAAUUAGAAUACCUAGAUCUUUCGUAUAAUUACAUCGACGCUGUAACCCCAAUCACGUUCGAAGGCUGUCAAAAUUUGUUGUAUUUAAAUAUGACGCAUAACAGAAUCUCCGAUAUCAAUUCUUCACUUAUUAGGUUUAGUAAAUUAAUAACACUCAGCUUUAAAAAUAACAAAUUAUACGAAGUUAAACGGUCGGAUUUAGAUAGCCUAACAAAUUUAAAGCGCCUCGACCUGAGUUCAAAUUCGAUAGCAAAUUUGGAUGCAAACGCAUUUGAUAAUAUGAAUUUAUUAACGAGUUUAGAUUUGAGCGGGAAUCAGUUGAAGACAAUAGCUAAACAGAUGUUUGCAAACUUAAACGAUUUAAAGGAAAUUAAUCUUGCAGGGAACCAUUUUUUGGUACUACCACGAGGAAUAUUCAAAGGGAAAACUGUGUCCUCAUUUUUAAUACAAGAUAAUGCCUUAACGGGGUCAAUUGUAAGGGGUACCUUUGAAGGUCUACAAUAUGUAACACAGCUGGAUUUAGGCAAUCAACAAUUGUCGACCAUAGAAGAUUACGCAUUUUCGGGUUGGAAAAUGUACAAAAAAUUCUUCUUAAUAAUAAUAAUAUACAGUCACUAUCUAAAAAUUGUUUUAAAUUACUGCAACAUUUGUAUGAACUGGAUUUAUCGCACAACAGAAUUACAAAUUUAGACUUCAACAAA